AUGUCCACCAAAGCUCCCAUCUACCUGAAAAGGGGCAGCAGGAAGGGGAAGAAGGAGAAGCUUCGGGACAUCCUCUCCUCUGACAUGAUCAGCCCCCCCUUGGGGGACUUCAGACACACCAUCCACAUCGGCAGCGGCGGCGAGAGCGACAUGUUUGGGGACAUCUCCUUCCUCCAGGGCAAGUUCCACCUCCUCCCCAGGACCAGCCUGGAUUCCAGGGACAGCCCUGAGGCCCCAGCUCCACCCUUCCAGUUCUCCAGGACAGCCACCAUCUCCGGCCACCAGCCACCAUCCUUGGAGACCUCCUCCCCCCUCCUCAAAAAUGCCAUCUCCCUGCCCAUCCUGGGGGGCCCACAGGCCUUGACGUUGCCCCCAGCACAAGCCCCCCCACCCAAACCCCCACGGUUGCACCUGGAUGACAGAGCCCCACCAAGCCAGGAAGAGGAAGAGGAGGAGGAUCCAUGCACCUCCCGUUUGGCCACCAAUGGCUUCACUGAGGAGAAGAGCAGCCCUGAGCCCUUCCUCUCCCACGCCGGGUCCCUCCUCUCCCUCCACGUGGAUUUGGGGCCCUCCAUCCUGGAGGAUGUUCUGCAGGUGAUGGAGAAACACCACGAGGAGCGAGUGGGUGGAUCCAUCCAGGAGAUCUUGACAGCCCCACCAAGCCAGGAGGAGGAAGAGGAGGAGGAUCCAUGCACCUCCCGUUUGGCCACCAAUGGCUUCACUGAGGAGAAGAGCAGCCCUGAGCCCUUCCUCUCCCACGCCGGGUCCCUCCUCUCCCUCCACGUGGAUUUGGGGCCCUCCAUCCUGGAGGAUGUUCUGCAGGUGAUGGAGAAACACCACGAGGAGCGAGUGGGUGGAUCCAUCCAGGAGAUCUUGACAGCCCAUCGUGCCAACGGGACCUGA